AAUUAUCUGGAAUUUUUUGCAAGGGGGGGAAUGGUGUUGAAGUCCAAGACUUUUUCUCGCAUGUGAGCACAUAAAUCCCAGAAGGCCAACACACGCACAAUCCAAAGCCGCAUAUACAUCAAUUUGAUUGACGCAAAACUCAAUGGAGGCAAACUUCGGCAUUGCUGCCAAACGCUUGGUGAGCAACGACGGGAGCUCCACACCUAGGGGCACAAAGAAGCUGAGACGGCACGACGGUCUCAUCAUCGACAUCAACAAGGCACCACACUGUGAUGAUGACAACUUCACCAUCCCUCUCGCCAGCGGCAAGCAGAAGAGCGCACCACCACCACCACCAUCACCGCAUAGGCUUCUGUUGCUGAAGAUCAAGAAACAACAACGAGACAUCAGCGCCAAGCGUGUGGCGCUGAAGCAGCAACAUUGCGGGUGGGCGAGUGCGAACUUGAAAAAGGAUUUGGAGCUGGAGAAGAUGCGACUGGAGAACAAGAUGAUGAAGCUAGACAAUGAGCUGCUAGAGGCACAAGUCAAGUAUAAGGAAGAGGAGCUCGGCCUCCAUGUUAAAUCAAAGAGGAUUUAGGGCAUGUGUAUGGUGAGUUCAGAUACAUUUACUGUUGUUCUAUUCUUGACCUAAGGCAGUGAAGAUUCGGGUUUUCGACAUUCUUUUGUUUUUGUUUAGUUUGGCUUCUGUCAGAUUUUGCUUUUUUCCCUAGAGAAUUUUCAAAUUAUUUCAUCAUGUCGUGAAUCUCUUAUGGAUAUCCUAAUGUGCAACCAAAUGUUUU